AUCGUUCAAUGCUUCCUAGCUAUCAGGCGGGCUGUGUUUGAAUGUUUUCAAGGGAACUAUUGAAUGUUUAAAAGCUAGUAAAGCAUAUCAGAGUUUAAAGCUACCUUUGUAACUUAUAUAAGCUAAAGAAAGAAACCUUACACUUAAAGAAUAUUCGUUUUCUAAACAGCUAGAUGCCAUCUGGUUAUAUUGAAUCAUACUACGCCAUACUAGUCAGUAGAUGGUUAGCUAACAAACGUAACUUCUUACUAUGUUAGCUAACUUGACUAUAGCUAACUUUUUUUUAGUUCGACGACAACUAACCAGCUACUAGGGAGGUAAUAUUUCUUACUUGAAAUAACACAAGUUAUCCGUACAUUAGCAUUAACUAACCAGUUAACCUGUCCAAGGUUUUUGGCUUUGAGAUGAAUCCUUGGGACCCAGUACCACAUUCCGUGACACCUGCUGCUCAGGUCCUUGCAAGAUGUGUUGCAUCUGGAGUUUUGGCUCAGAGGGAUCUUGACGCGGUCCCAAGCGACACCCACGUAUUCUCUCCACAUCUCAUUGAAGCUGAACAAGUUGCGGACUUGAAAAAGCAGAUUGACGAGAAAAACCUGGAGACGGAGCUGUUGAAGCUUGAGAAAGAGAGCGCAGACGUUACCCACAGUUUCUUUCUAAGCCAGAGGUUUACUGCCCUGCAGCAGUUCACCUCACACCUGCAGGAGGUACUCAGGGAGCAGGCAAGCCUGCGUCAGAGACUGAUGAAGCCCCUUUGCCAGCAGAACCUGCCCAUAGAGGCCAAUCUACACAGGUAUGUGGUGGAGCUCGUGGGUAUGGUGAUGGACCUGAUUGAGAACAUGGAGAGCAAGAUGACGAUUACUCGCUCCUUCCCAUCCCUUGGCCCAUCAAUGACCAACCUGAACAAUGCUUUGGCCCAACUGCUGACUCAAGUGGCUGAGGUUGAGGAGCUGGCUGGACUGGUGCUACAGUGGAAGGACAUACAGUACCGCAUGCUCACUAUGAAUAAGCAGAACUCCACCUGAGUCCAGGACCAACCAAUCUGGAUCCAAAAUGUGCAUGUUUGUCUGACCACAUCAGUUACCAGUCAGUGCAGUUGCAUCAGCACAUCUGGUUAUAUGCCUACCCAGAACAAGUUAAUUUUUCAUAUUUACAAUUAAGUGAACUUUUAGAUGGAAUUCCAUUUGUGAAUCCCAUUGUAGUAUUUUUUCAAACCACAAGCCAUCAUUCUGUGCAGUAUUUCUUUAUUUUUUUAUACCUAAAAGGACAAUUGCAAUGGCCGGAAAGGGUUUAUAAUUUAAAACAUUUAUUACAAUAUGUAAAGGUCUUAAGGUCUCCAUCUUGAUGCGGUUCAUCUGUUCAGGAAUAGAUGUCUUCUACACUGUCAUGUCACUGGGUGGGCUGAGGAUCUUCCACAAUCAGUUCUUGGUCCAUGCAUGAUGGCUAAAAAAAAUGGAAAGAUUAGUGGAUUGCCUUAACUACGCUUCCAGCUCCAUGACAUUUUACCAUAAAUGCCCAUUUUUUAUACAGAGAAAUAUGUCAUGAUGAAUAAAGGCGCUAUAUAAAAAUGCCAACCAUUUACCAUGAUGCAUUUUUUGUUUGGAAUUUGUAUCUCAGCGAUGUUCUAAAUACAUAUUCUACAUUGCAUUCCGUAAGUAUUUGGACAGUGUAUUUACAUCCAGUAAGUCUGAUAUUGGCAUUGUUCCGGUGAAAGUCAAGACCGCCAUAAUGAAUGUUUGGAACAUUAUGAAGAAAGUCAGCACUAGUGUGUGUUUAUGAUCAUCCUAUGAGUUUGGAUGCAUUUGAACUUUUGCAUUUGAUAAGAUGUUAAUGUACACAACAUAAUUAAUUCUGCUGCUGUUAUCAGCAGUUACAUUGGCAAAACGCAAGUGACCCAGCAGCUGUGGCAGCUAUACAUGCCCAAACUAUAACACCUCCACCACCAUGUUUCACAGAUGAAGGGGGGAGGGGUGCUUUGAUUCUUGGGCAGUUAGCCUCUACACUUUGCUCUUGCCAUCACAAUUCAAUCUUGGUCUCAUCUGUCCACAAGACCCUUUUCCAGAACUCUAUAGGCUCUUUCAGGUACUUCUUAGCAAACAGUAACCUGGCUAUCCUACAUUUGCAGCUAUGUAUUGGUUUACUUGGUUUACAUCUUGAAGUGUCGCCUCUAGAUCUGUUUGUAAAGUUUGUCUGUGGAGCAUAGUCACUGACACAUCUGCGCCUGCCUUCUAAAGAGUGUCUCUGAUCUGUCGGGCAGGUGUUUGAGGUUUUUGUUCAUUAUGGUGAGAAUUCUUUGGUCAUAAGUGGUCUUCCUUGGCCGAACAGCCCCUUUGCAAUUCUUAAUGAUGUUCCAAACUGUUUUUUUUAUAAGCCUAUUGUUUGGCGUAUCUAUGAUUGUUUUCUUGUUUUUCAGUCUCAAAAUAGUUUAUUUCACUGUGAUUGGCACAAAUCUAGCAAUCAAAAGCUUAGGAUCAAGACUAGAUACUGAUGCCUGAUGCCUACAUGGAUCACCCAAUAUGGAUGUGAAUACCCUUAAAUGAAAGCCAAAAGUCUACACUAACUUCAUAUUCAUGUUUCAUUUCAAAUCCAAUGUGCUGGAGUACUGACCGGAAUUGUACCAAUGACCAAA